UCUGUUUUCUUUCUAUCUUGUGAGAGGCUGUAGGUUGUGCGAAGCCAUAAGCAGCCAUACUCCUCCGAAGAAAACAGAGAUUCGGUAAGCGACGGAGAAAUCAACCGUUUUCUGCUCAAGAAUACGGGGCAAAUCGCGUCAAAUACUGAUCUGCGGACAGCGUUUUUUUCAAAAUAACGUUACUGUAUGACAAUCGCGGGACUUGUAUGUGUUGCACUUGGCGAUCCGGACCCCACCAUAUACCAUUUCCGGAUAACAGGAAAGUACCGGUUGGGGUCAUAAGCUUGUGAAAAUGGAGCAUUUGACUGCAGCAAACACACAGUUCUGCCUCGACCUGUUCAAGAAGAUCAGAAAAGAAAACGCAUCAGGAAAUGUGUUCUUCUCUCCUGUCAGCAUCUCCUCGGCUCUGGCCAUGGUGUCGCUCGGUGCAAGAGGAAACACAGCGGAUCAGAUGAAUAAGGUCCUGGGCUUUAACAAAGAACCACCAAUGAUGCAGCAAACCCAGAGUCCUCCGACACCUGCUGAACUCAAGAAAUGUCCACAGGAAAAACCUGAGGACCAAAUUCAUUCCAGCUUCAACAAGUUUAUGAGUGAGCUGAACAAACCAGGAGUCCCGUAUGCGUUGAGUCUUGCCAACCGCCUCUACGGAGAGCAAUCCUACCAGUUUGUUGAGGAAUUCCUCAAUGACGCAAAAAGCUACUAUGAAGCCGGACUGGAGAAGGUGGACUUCAUUAGCCAAUCCGAGGCGGCUCGCGUCAACAUCAACAAAUGGGUGGAGAAAAAAACACAAGAGAAGAUCAAGGACUUGUUGCCACAGGGAUCCAUCGAUGAGAUGACCAAACUGGUUUUGGUGAACGCCAUCUACUUCAAGGGAAACUGGGAGAAUAAAUUCCCAAAGGAAGACACCAGAGAUGGGCAGUUUAAGCUGAACAAGAAUCAAACUAAACCAGUGAAGAUGAUGCAUCAAGAGGAGAUGUUUCCCCUGGCCUCCAUCCCAGAGAUCAACAGUCAGGUUCUGGAGCUGCCGUAUGACGGGGAGAAUCUCAGUAUGUUGAUCAUCCUUCCAAAUAAGAUAAAAGACAGCACCACUGGCCUUCAGAAGCUUGAAAAGGCACUGACCUACGAGAAGCUCAUGGAGUGGACCAAACCAGAAGUCAUGCCUCAACAAGAGGUUCAGAUAUCUCUGCCCAGAUUCAAGAUGGAGGAAAAAUACGACAUGAAGAGUCUUCUGAUCAGCAUGGGAAUGAAGGAUGUGUUUGACCUGCAGAAGGUGAAUCUUUCAGGCAUGUCCUCCAACAACGACCUGGUGCUGUCGAAGGUGAUCCAUAAAGCCUUUGUUGAAGUCAACGAGGAAGGAACCGAAGCGGCUGCAGCCACCGGCGCCAUCGUAAUGGUAGAUUGUUGUAGAUUCCCGCAGGUCUUCAACGCAGACCAUCCUUUCCUUUUCUUCAUCCGACACAAUCCAUCCAAGAGCAUUUUGUUUUACGGACGCUUCUGCUCUCCAUGAGGGAGUUCUGCUGCAUGAGACGCUUCCAGCUAGUUUAGAUGAUGAUCUGGUUCACAUGAGAAGGAGAGACGAGUCGAGACAACUACUACAAAUCAGUCAUAUUUUGGUUUAAGAAACAUUUAUUUGCCAACAGAUCAGUACCGAUUGCAAUGUACAGGAGAAAGACUUAGUAUAAUAGUAUAAAAUUGUAAAAUAUAUGUAUUUUGCUUCAAAAUGAUCAAAAACUAUAAUAGUAUAUCAAUAAUAUAAAUGUUACAAACUGCUUAGAUUGGCUACGCAAAGAUCCAAAUGCAGUAGUUUAUUGUCAAAUAUUUUAGUUUCGAAUCAAUGGUCCAUUUUAAAUUCCCAAAGUCACAUGAUUUCAGUAAACAAUGCUUUGUUACCUCAUAACUGUUUCGAAUGUCUAUAAAAUGAGAAUGAAGUGUGUCAGGGCACAUUUACAUAAUACAUUUUUUUUAUAUAUAUAUAUUCACAGACAUUUUAAUGAGGUAUUUGUAUAAUUAAAAUGAAUUAUAGUAUAGUUAAUAGUCUCUGUUUAGCGGACCCCCAUGGAACAAACAAAACAAGCCGUAAAAAUUGAUAAAAGAACACAUAUUAUAUACACACUUAAUAUUAAAUGGUAUUAGAUGAUUAGUUAAUUAUACUUUCAAUGAAACAUUUGCAAUGAGUUUGUGAAAGCUGUUUUUAUGCAUGUUUUUGAUUGAAUUGAUUCGAAAUUGAUUCGAAGCUUAAAAAGCUUAAUUGCUCCCCUCACUUAUUCAAACUAGACGAAAUACAAAACAGGUUACAGGCAAAAGAUCAACAGAUGGGAAAACAAUCCAAAUAGAUACCA